AUGGUGACUCUUCAAUUGAACACGAUUGACAACUCAACCUCGCGGGACGCUGAUGAACCGGAUUUGUCGGCAUGUCAGAUCACAGUAGCGGUAUGCUAUCUGUUAUUAGCAGUGCUUAUUGUACCCGUCAACAGCGUCGUAAUCGGCAACAUCCUCACCGAGAAGUCACUUCAUGUGCCUAUGAACUGGUUUGUCGGCAGCCUCUGUGUUGCAGAUUUUCUAUUCGGCGCUGUAGUCAUCCCGAUGUCCAUAGCCUACUUGGUGUCACGGAGCGCCUUCGCAGACGUCGGGGUUUGUAUGUUUAGCCUCUGUAUUACAACCACGAUUACAGUCGCCUCAGUUGUCAAUCUGAUUGGGAUCACUGUUGAUCGUUUUAUUGCUAUCAAGCACACACUAAAGUACUUGGCAAUUAUGACGAACGUGCGUGCCGCCAUCAUCAUCGUCUGCCAGUGGGGGUUUGCCAUACUCUAUGGAUUUGCUCCUGCUAUGGGAUGGAACAAUAUCUCCAGUAACUCUUCCGAUACAUUUACAUGUGAAGUAGCGCGCAUUACGACUCUGGCGUACAGUUUAUUCGCCAUAUUCGUCAUUAUGUUACCAACGGUUACCUUCGUCUUCAUCACCUUUUACGUCACACUCGCGGCAGCCCGGCGACAGCGACGGAGGAUUGAAGCAACCCGCGUGUCGACUGUACGUCGUGGUGAGUCAUGUGACCGCAUCGAUUCGAAGAGCAUGAAAAUAACCAAAACUCUGUUCCUUGUGGUAAUUUUAUUUUACGUUUUCUGGGUGCCCUUUGGUAUACUGCGCGAGGUCCGGUUCAUUCUUAUAUACAACGGCGACGCAACCCCCAGCCAUGAACUUGAACAGUGUGAGGCGCAACUUGUUUUGAGUGUCUUUGCGUACAGUACGGCUCUCAUAAACCCACUGAUAUACUCUUAUGGGAACAGAGACCUUCGAACUGUCAUUGUCAGAAACCUUGUGAGAUGGAAAAAAUGCUGUCGCAGUCCAGCAAGUCCUAGUCCAAGUCGGGUUCCUAGUCCGUCAAUGUGCGAUGUGACACAGCUGACGCACACUGACAGCCCUGAGCGAACCCAGUCGAUAUCGCUUUCAUCGGCGCCGUCAUCACGCCCUGAAGUGAAUGUAGAAGCAGCAUGUUGUCACGGUGACGUAACUCUACCUUCUCAUUAUUUGAAAGAACGGUGCUGA